AGGGGGAGUUCCAGACUUCUCAAUGAGCUCUGUAGUUCUCUCGAGCUCUCAAACACACUCACAGCAGCAUGCCAAAGGUUUUUACCAACGCUAGACUUUGUACCCGAAGAGUUCUUCAGUCUAACUUCAACAAAGACACACAAAGACAAAGAGAAGGAAGACAGGACUGAACGAAAGAGAGAACACAUGCUGAAGACAUGGAGCACAGAAGAUGGGCAGGAGAAAUCAAGUAUCACAGAGUGUGAGCCAGUGAGACCUUCACGUAGGGGUGGGCGGUAUGACCAAAAUCUCAUAUCACGGUAAUGAUAUUUAACCUUGUCUGAAAGUUUCCACCGGUUUUGAAGUCUGAUAAUUUAGAGAUUACAAAUAGACAAACAAUAAGCCAGGAAGCUAGCUAGAUAAUCAGACAAACUGUCAGAGAUGGAUAGAUUUAAAAAUUCUGUUAAUAUAUGUCUAUGGGAUUUUUCCCAUUUCUGAUGGGAAGCUCUUGGAGGAGUUUCAGUUGAUAAAUUCAGAUAAAUUUGGUCCUGGUUUAGGGAUUUUGGAAAAACCCUAAACCAAGUCUGUAGAAUAAUUUUGGCUUUGUCAAGCCAUUAUUGGGAUUAAUGUCGGCCAUCCUGCUCUCUAGAUAACGUAUCCCCAUCAGCCAAAAACCCAUAUCACUCGACCACUCGUAUAUCCCGUUAUACCGCCCAGCUCCACCCUAGAAUGGAGAAACUAAUAUGUGAGAAUUGCUUCCAGUGAGGAUCACAAACUGAGAAGCGAAUGAAAAACAAAAAGACACGAGUGUACCUAUCGGAAGAGGAUGAACAAGUGUUUGCUGUUGCGAUUGUGUGUACUGUUGUCUCUUCUUUGUGUUUACGCUUACGUAUACAUGGAGUUCAAUGGCUUUUGGCUGAAGGUUUGGAGGAAGAGGCCCAUCAGACCCCAAAAACAGCAGUUACAUCACAUGGCUGUUCCCACGGCAACAGAUGUUUUGGCUGAUGUUGGGUCCACGUGUUGCCCGCGGGUGAAACAUCAAAGAAGGAUUCCUCGAUGGAAGAUCGACCUGGAACCCUGGGCCACUGAGACACACAGCCUGGAGGAAGAAGCAAACAGAUUUCUCAAGUACAUCACUACACCAAAGGUGUCUUGUAAAAGCCCUUUGUCUGGGCCGCCAGUGUUUGACAGAGAGCAUCAUGGGUCGUGGGUUCUGUGUUUGGACGGCAGAUUCAGUCUGAUACAACGCAUCAUUUCUAAACACUGCAGAGUGUAUUCUCUCAGGUUGGGAUUGGAGGAUGAUCAUCUGGAGCGAGUUUUAGCGGGUUCGGGGUGUGAAGUUCAUUGUUUUGAUCCCAGUAUCAGAGCAGCUCACCUUCAGGACUCACAUAUGUGGCUCCACCGGCUCUCUGUGGACUGGAGAGACCCGAACCCGGCAGUACCGGCCCAGAGACUGCACAGCAACACCAAGAAACUCGCCACCAUCCUCAAUGACUUCGGCCACAGACAGGUGGACGUGUUGAAGGUGGACAUGGAAAGUGCAGAGUGGAAGAUUCUAGAGAAUCUGAUUCUCGAGGAAGUGUUGGACUCGAUCGGCCUGCUGCUUCUCGAAGUGCACCUGCAUUGGGCGGGGUUUGAGGUGGGCGGAGACGAGCCCUCGGUGGUCCGCUAUUGGUUCAGCCUGCUCAGGGAGUUGGAGCGCGCUCACUUCCGUCUCUAUCACAGCUACAGUGACCCGACAAAAACACGUCUGUUUCUACACAAAAACCUCCAGAAUGCAAGCAGCUCCUACAUACUGGGAUGGGUGAAUACUCAGUUUUCACCACAAUGGUAACCUUCACCAGACGAUACUCUGUGAGAUGGGUAUCUUGGAAUCAUCAAUCAAACAUCAAAUUCAGACAAAGCGAGAAUAAUAAUGCCUUUCAAAGAGUGAGAAUGGGAGCGACGCAAGGCUGUAAAUGUCUCUUAGAGAUCAUUGGUGCACUGUUUGUCUUUCAGGUCAAAUGUGCCUGUCAAACAGAGUUGGAUUCUCUCUCCAACAGCAGGAGAUCCGGUGCUUGCGAGGGGACCAGACUUGUGUUUUUCAAGUCCUUGUGAGCUGUCUUGCUGUCUACAUAGUCUACUUCCACAAAGUCAACCUCUAAACUCAGAAUCACACUGUAUGAUUUUGGCGAUCUGAAAAGACUUCUUUUGUUGUAGGGCAAAAUAGUAUUUGAUCACUUAGUGCAAGAUGUUAAUUUUUGGCUAAUUAAUUGCUUUUGCGAUGAAUCUUUGCCUUCAAAGAAGUUCUGCACCACAAAAAAUAUCGUGUAUUCCAGUAAAAAUAUCUAAAUAUUCUUCAAAACAAAAAUACUGUAUAUUUACUUGACAAGCAGAAUGGCAUAUUUCAGACUGUUUUAAGAAAAAUCUGAAAAUUUGUAGUAAACUUUAUGCUUAAAAAAAUAAAAUCUGCCAAGGGGGUAAGAAAAAUAAACUUUUUUUUUCUCUUUGAAAUAACUUUAUUUGGUAACAAUAAGGUUCCAUUAGUUAAUGCAUUAGGUAUUGUAGGAUUUUACAUGUAAAUAUUUAGUUUAAGAAUGUUGGUCACAUUCAACCACCAAAAUAAGGUAGGGAAAUAUAUGCAAGAUAAAUGACACCUGAGCAGAUUAGAAAUCUGAUUAAAAUCCUCCAUUUAAUAUGCAAUACAACAGGCUCAUUAUUUCAAGGAAUUUAGCUCAAUAAGGGAAUUAGUGAUUGAUUUGGGAAUAUUAAAAGAAUCAAUGUUUACAUCCAACCAAAGUCUUCGGCCAGCGAUGAGUUGAUCGGAACGUAAGAUCAAUUCUUACGGUAAUACUACUUUCAUGGCCAUUGAAAAUAAUACCACAAAUAGAUUGAAAUACUGUUUAUGAGCAUGUAAUUUAGGAUUGACAGAUCUCAAGGGACUGAUAUAAUUUAAUCAAAGACACAGUCAACUUCUCUUUGAAUAUAAAUGACUUUAAUCUACAACAAAAAAUUAAACUAACAAACAACUAAACUAACACAUAGACAAACAUAAACACGGGUUGGUAAGUGAGCUUUGACAGAAGAUGAAUGGAAUUUACUGUAACAGAAAAAAUGAACUUUAUGGAGUCUAUGACCUUGCCUUGAACAAACCCUGAGAACUUAAUUUAGUAUGCCAUGAUUUGAGAUUGGGAUACUUAAAUUAUAUUAAAGAAAGCACCAGAUUUCAGCAAAAGUCUGGAGGUCUGUAACUUGCUUUGUGUGCGUUGUUUGACGUGUGUAGUUGUUUGAAGUCCUUUGGCUUGGUUCAGUUCCAGGAGGCCUUUGUUUGGUUCGAUGGAUGGGUGAUGGAAUGAUCAGGCAGAGCCCCGGAGGUGAGGACUCCCUCAAGGGAGAGCUCGGGACUUCCCAGGACAGAGGCUAAAGCGUGUGAAGGCCGUAGAUCAGAGGAGAGAGAGAGGGGUUGUCCAGGCUGGUCUUUUAACCCUUUCUGUUUAGUCUCACCCCAAAGAGGCUCUAAGCCAAUCAGAGGUGUCUUUAUGAUGUCACAUGGCCAUUUUUGUCCUCCUCUCAAGCUAAUUAAUUUACAACCUAUUGUUCUUUUAAUUUCCUGCUCACAAAGUGAACAUUUUAAUCAUGAAUUUCUUAAGUAUAACUGCAAAUAACCCAAAUAUGCUUCACACCAUCAUUCUGGAAUUUAAGAGACAAUCAAUUACAUACCAGACACUUGUACUUCCUUAUUAAAUUACAGUUAUAAUUAAGUUAUAAUGCAUGAUAAAACUUCCUACUAUUAAGUUCAUUAGUUAAGCACGGAUAAUACAUUACACAUUAUAAGAAACAUACUUGUCGGGGUUAUCAUCUGCAUAAGAUGCAUUUGUCAGUUUUUGGUAAAAUCCUCCACACGGCUGUAUAUUUGGAUAGUAGUGAAAUAAGAAAAGUCCAAAGUCCAUGUCAAAUGUUCAUGAAUUAAGCUUCAUGGGAGAUGGUAAGCCAGAAACAUGCCUCAUGAUUAGUAUAAUAAUUUUAAAUGUAGAGAGUUGGUUAUAUUGACAAACAAUGGAAUGUAUUUGUUCUGAAAUUCCGACGGCAACCAUGGGGAAGUUUCUUCAGCACAUGGUCUUAUCAGUCUUGUCAAAGAGGAGAGGGGUUUUGUUGUGCUUCCCCCCACCCCCCAUUCACCUGUUCUUAAGGCAGUUAAGAUUUGCCAGAAGCGAGACACUCAAGGUCUGCCAGAAGCGAGACACUCAUACUUGCUGGCACCAGUCCGAAUCUCUUUAUAGCUCAGGAGAAAGUCAGUAUAGAUUCUGUAUUUAAAUCAUUCGGUGUAGAAUUGUUACAUUUCUCCAAGUAUGCUUCUGCGUCAAAGUCCUAGAGCAGGGGUUCUCAACGGGGGUGGUACUGCCCCCCAGGGGGCGUUCAAAGGAUGCCAUGGGGCGCUGAGAGCAAAUUAGUAGAGAGUGGGGCGUUUAUCACUCAUAAUAAUCAAAUCUAUCGGCAAGUUCCUCUUUGCAUUAAAACGUUUAUCUAGACUUGGAGUAUAUCAGUUGGUUCUCAAUUAUACGGGUUGGUAUGCAUUUGUACAGCGGUUCAUCUGAUUUUGAAGUCUAGUGACGCAUCUGAAGUAUCUGGAUUAUCAGUGUCAAAAACACAAGGCACAACCUAGGCUAAUGCACCUGUAUGACUCUGUAGAUGGAUACGGCUCAAUGGACAGAGCAGCACGAGCACAAAGCUCUUAAAGCUCAAGCUCUUAAACGCACAGCUUUGUGAGAAUCAGUGAGAAGCAAGGCGCGAGAAGUGGAAACCAUUUGAAUUUGGCACAGAAUUCUACAUUACCACCCUUGAAUUUACUAUAGUAACACUAACUGUACUUUAGGCAGCUAUAAAUUGAUAAUAAAUAUUAUCAUAUCACUACUUCAGCUCUAUUACAUUUGUCAUAGGCUACAUUAGGGGAGUGAGGGAUUAUAAUAAAUUUUUGUUACAACCAAUUUUGUUUUGUGCCAUAAUUUGUUUUAUAGGAAUCAUGUUACAUCUAACCACGGUAGAGAAGAUCCAUGCUUCCAUGUCUUGUUACUAAUACCACUGUGGAAACUAUAAAAAUAAAUAAUGAAUAAAUAAACAUUUUCAAAAAGGAAAAUGUAAAAUAUAUUAACAAUAUCACUUUUAUUAUUACUUUGUCUUCGCAUUUUCAUUUUAUAGGCCCCAGAUAUAGCCCUCCAUCUGCUUGAAUUCAAGAAUUAUUAUUAACAAAACUUUAAAAUUAUGCAAUGCAUCGAAGUUGCAUUGAGAAAAUUAAGCAAAUAACACAAAUACUGAUGUGACGAGGAGGAGGGCGAGGCCGGCCCCCAAUCGGGCUAAUCAGCCGAGGAGAGGGAUAAAGCAGAGUUCGGGAGAGAGAGCCACAUGCAGCUGCCGUGUGUGUAUUUGUGUCUUUUUGUUUAAAUAUUACUUUGACUGUUCAGCUGGUUCCCACCUCCUCCUUGCCCAUUUUAAACCUUGUUACAUUGGUCCCGAAACCUGGGAAGGAGGAGGGAUGCGCUGUCGUAGAGUCCUCGCCACUGCUGUCCGCCCAAUGGAGCAUCUGCGGCCGUCCACCGGGGGAUGGAGUCGUUGCUGCCGGCCGUCUGGACGCAGAGGAACCGCUGCCAUCCAUGAGGGGAGGAGGGGCUCUCUGCCGGCCACCUGGAGUGGUGGAGCCACUGCCAGGGGUGGAGGGGCUCACUACCGGCCACCAGAACGUGGAGGGGCGUUCCAUCCUCCAGGGGUCGCAGGACUUGCUCCUGGCCGCCCGGGGAGGAGCGGCUGUCGUCCGCUAGAAGGUGGAGGAGUGGUCGAGGACCAGGCGAUGGCGUGUCUGGGAACCACCGAGCAAUUUUUUUUUCUCUCUCUCCUCUCUUUUUCUCACUGUCGCUCCGCCUCGCUCUUUCCCUUUCCCCUUAUCUCCCUCCCAGGUCUCGAAAGGUGGGGAAAGCCUGAAGGCUAUAAGGGCAAUGCCCCCCCUGGAAGGGGGGGAGGGAGGGUGUAUGUCAUGCCGAGGGUUCCCCGGCCUGAGGCAAAGGAGGGAGGAGUGUGACGAGGAGGAGGGCGGUGCCGGUCCCCAAUCGGGCUAAUCAGCCAAAGAGAGGGAUAAAGCCGAAUUUGGGAGAGAGCGAGCCACACGCAGCUGCCGUUACUUUAACUGUUCAGCCGGUUCCCACCUCCUCCUUGCCCAUUUUAAACCUUGUUACAAUUGAGUUUUAUGUUUUAUUCGGUACAACAAAGUCUCCGCUUUCAAAUUGUCACAUAAUUAAUAUAAUUUUAUUAAUGUUAGUUAAAAAUACAAUCGUUCAUUGUUAGUUCAUAGUGCUUUAACUAAUGUUAACAUA